AUUCAAACUACAGAGCAAUUUUCGAAUUUGAACUGCUGGUAACCGACGUCGUUAAAAUCAGGGAAUUUCUACAAAAUCCAGUCAGAAGGGUUAAACGCCGAUAUCUGCUAUGGAUAGUGAAGUGAAACUUCAACAAUUCACAAAGACCGAGAAUAACAUUGAGAAUGGAGGGCAUGACAAUCCAUCGUUUAAUCAGGGAGACAUACGCCCUGUACUGCGUGAAGAAAAAUUAACGGUGUCAAUCCAGAAAGUGGAUCCAACAAGUCCUGUUGCCUCAAAGUAUUUGGAAUCAAACAAACUUAACAAUGAUCUGCAAGAGGGUAACAGUGAUGAAGACGACGAUAACGAAGAUAGCGAUGAUGAUGGCGGAGCUUGUUGCAGAGGGGUUAAACGUAUGCAAGUUGCGUUAUAUCACGCAUACGAACGUCACAAAAGGACACUCUGGAACUUAGUUUAUGCUGUUCUGUUCGUUUUAUACGUAGCUUAUGUUGUGUAUAGCGUGAUGUUCCGUUUCGGAGAUGAGGGGUCAUGGCGGCUUGUUAUCUGUUCUUCCAUUGCCGCUUUGUAUCUUGGGUAUUGUUUGAUAGAAAGCUUCUUUGGAGAAAGAGUGAAACCAUCCUACUUCUGGAAAAGACUAGAAAAACCAGUACGCCAGAAAAUACAGCACUGGAUCAGGAUGAUACUUUCUGUACUGCUGGCGAUUGGUGCCAUAGUGUACAUCGUCAUAUACAUCGCCCUGGAAACCCCAGAGAAUCUUGUCUCCCUGGGAGGGCUUGCUGUCUUCAUUCUUCUGUUUUACCUGUUUUCUCACAACCCUUCGAAGGUGAAGUGGCAGCCUGUUUUUGGUGGCGUCAUCAUCCAGUUUUACUUUGCGUUGAUAAUUCUCCGAUGGGACGUUGGUUACCAAGCCUUUCAGUGGCUCGGCGAUAGGAUCACUGAAUUCCUCGCCUACACGGAUAAUGGGGCAAAGUUUGUAUUCGGAAAUUCGUUCCAAGACCAUUUCUUUGCGUUUAAGGUUCUCCCUGUCAUCAUCUUCUUCAGUAGUUUUGUGUCGGUGUGCUAUUACCUGGGAAUUAUGCAGUUUCUCAUUAGGAACCUUGCUAGAUUUAUCGCCGGCGUCAUGGGAACGUCUCCCGCAGAAUCCCUGAAUGCCGCCGGUAAUAUUUUCGUUGGUCAGAGUGAGGCCCCCUUGAUGAUCCGACCGUUUUUAGCAAAGAUGACAAAAUCUGAGCUACAUGCGAUUUGUACAGGGGGGUUUGCUACCGUAGCGGGUAGUACGAUGGGAGGAUAUAUUGCCUAUAAGGUACCCGCCAAUCAUCUCCUCUCCGCCUCCGUAAUGUCCGCCCCCGCCGCUCUCGCUAUGGCCAAAUUGUUUUACCCAGAAACGAAGAAAACAAAGACCGGAAAUGAAGUUUACAACAUUCCAUCUGGCCAGGAACGAAACAUUAUCGAGGCAGCUGCUCUUGGUGCAUCUCAGGCGAUUAAACUGGUGGCCAAUGUUGCAGCUAACCUGGUUGCCUUCAUUGCAUUAGUUGAAUUUUUAAACCAAACUCUCAUUUGGUUUGGAAACAGAGCGGGGAUGGAGAAACCCGAUAAAGAACUUACAUUUCAGUUUAUUUGUUCCUACGUCUUUUACCCGCUGGCUUUUCUGAUGGGUGUGGACACAAAAGAAAACAACGUGUUUAAGGUGGCGGAAUUAAUUGGAUAUAAGACCUUCAUCAACGAGUUCUACGCCUACGAAAAGCUGUCGGUUUAUAUAAACAACAGAGAGAAUCUCACGUGGUACGAGAGUUUGCCUACGAUAGAUAACUCUACAUACACCGGUAGAUGGCGGUUUGACGGAGAAGACAUUGUGUACAGCGAUUUUAACCAUACCCUAAAAAAUGGCGUUCUCACAGACAGAUCCGUCGUUAUUUCAACAUAUGCCCUGUGUGGAUUUGCAAACAUAGCAUCUAUUGGGAUCAUGCUGGGUGCCCUCGGCGCUAUGGCGCCCAAUCAGAGAUCAGCACUAGCACAAGUUGUAGUUAGGGCCAUGAUUGCGGGGACUGUGGCGUGUUUCAUGACGGCCUGUAUUGCAGGUUUGCUCUACGUUCCAGGAGGAUAACAUGGUUUUUGGAGCGUUUAUCUCCGUGGUUCAAAGAAUCUGCAUCAGCCAUGAUUUUCCACACUUACUGCAAUUCUUAUUGUUUGAACAAAGCACCUGCUACUAGAAUUCGUGAUGUUCAUUAUUCCUAGAUGAUGCUUUAGAUCAUAGACAAAAAACACCAAAAUGUUUAUUCCCAUUUAUUUAUUUGUUCAGUGGACCCAAAUAAUGUUUGCCACAAAGUAACACAAAAACAUAGAUGUUUACAGUGUACACAAGGUUUUCCUGGAAAUUAUUUUCUGAUAUAAAAUUUCUCUUUGUGUUCACUUUAAAUUUGGUAAAUAAUAAAAGUUUCGCCAGUUAAAGGGUGCAAUCCGGCAUUCAAUAUUGGAAUGAGCGCUGCCAUAAUUUACAUUGCAAAAGUUUUUUAUAUUAUGAUAAUUGAAUAUAGAUAACGGGGUAUCUGAUUAGUCACACAAUUCCAUUGAUAUCUGCAUUAAACGAAUUUUAAAUACAA